AGGGAGAAGGGCUUCAUCCUGCUCCAAGGGGACGGCUCAUGGAACACGGCCAUCAGCUUCAACGGCCACGCCCCGGCCCCCAACGGCACCGACGACGAUCUAAUCCUCACCGCCCUCGCCAACGGCAUCAUCAGCAACGGCGACAGCCGCGACGGCGACAACCCGACGAUCGAAAGCGCCACAUUCACGGUCCUCACCGACGACUUCGCCGCCCAUGACAUCGCCUUCAGGAACACCUACAACGCACACCACAAGGACAACGCGCGCCGCGCGUUGGCGGCUCUCAUCGGCGGCGACCGCAGCUCGUUCCGGCGAUGCGGCUUCUACGGGUUCCAGGACACGCUGUGCGCCUACAAGGGCCGCCACUACUUCCAGAGCUGCUCCAUCAAUGGCGGCGUGGACUUCAUCUUCGGCUACGGGCAGUCCAUCUACGACGGCUGCUCCGUCGUGUCCAACGUGCCACCGGCCUGGGGGAAGCAGGCCGGAUUCGUCACGGCCCACGCUAGAGUCGAUGGCAGCCGGCCCGGCGGGCUCGUGUUCCGGGGCGGGCAGGUCCUGGGCACGGGCCGGCAGUACCUGGGCCGGGCCUGGAACCGGUUUGCUACCGUGGUUUUCUACAAGGGUGGGAAGCGUGGAAAGCUGGGAAUGACACUAGGGAUGUUACUUUUGCUGAGGUCGGGUGUAGUGGGCUCGGAGCUGAGAGGGCCGGGAGGCAAGCUAAGCUUCAUCGGUCGAGAUUCGAGAGCUAGCUUUGUAACGAGGCCAGCAAUGGCUGGCUCGGCGGCGGCGCUCCGCGUGGCGGUCCUGGCGGCGGUGCUGCUCCUGGCGGUGCCGUUCCUGGGGAAGCCGGCGGAGGCGCAGUUCGGGCAGGUGAAGAAGUACUGCCUCAGCCAGUUCGCGCUCGCCAGCCAGGGCGAGGGCGGCGGGGACGACGAGGACGAGGACGAGGAUGAAGACAAGGACGAUCAGGAUGACAAGGACGAUGACGAGGAGGAGGACGACGACGACGAGGAAGAAGACGACGACGAGGAAGAAGACGAUGAGGAUGAAGAGGGGAGCGACGAGCACAGGGCGUACAGGGACUGCUGCCGGUGGCUCAAGGAGGUGGAGCCCGGGUGCGUGUGCGAGACGCUUCUCCGGCUGCCGUCCUUCCUCGUCAAGCCGCAGCACACCUACACCGUCCGCGUCGGGAAAACCUGCAAGCUCGAGUACCGCUGCGGUGGCGGCCGCGGCGUCUAGAUCUCAGUCGAGUACUGCCGUUCAAAUCAGGAUCGGAGAAGAAGAAGAUAGUCAAGUUAUUACAUGGAGUAUAUAUUUCCGGCCGGGCUCAGAUCUUCAGGAUGAUCGAUCGAUCAUACACAUUACUGGUAAGUAAGUCAUUACUUAUAGGGCGUAAGGAAAGAUAUAUGUACGUCUAUGACGAUCUCUUUUGCGGGUUCUAUGUACUUUUCCGGUUAAUUAAGAACACUGUACCUAUGUGUGUGUUGUACCACUUGCACCCGGGAAAGCAUGUAUAUAUGCAUGCAUUCCUUAGCUAGUUAAGCUCGGGUGCUAGGUAAAUGUACGGGAAUAAGAUCAAAGAAAAUGUGUGUAAUCGUGUUGUUGUUAUUAGACUCAAGUGCUUCCAA